AAUGUGUCCUUUGUGACACGUGGUGACAUAGGAGCUGGCAGUGACAAGAACACUCCACAGCGCUCAGAGCAGGCGACGGGACAGGACGGGGCAGAGCGGUGCUGUGAGGAGCCCCCGCACAGCGCACUCGUUCCUGCCUGACCCGGAGCUUUUCUGAGGUGUUGUUCCUGCAGCUGACCUCGAGGCCAGACUGUGGGACUUGCUGACCUGAGUCAUUUACCAGGAAUCUCCUGUCAUUGUGGCAGGAGCCCCCAAGACUAGAGUGCAGGACUUGCUGUCCUGCAGCUAUCCUGAGACCGCUCUGUCUCAGAAAUCUUCAAGGCACAACUGAAAUUGCUGACUUGGCAAUAUCCUGAGGCAUCUCUCUAGAAGGUGCCUUCAAGGCUGGAAGGUGGAAUGGCAGGCAGAUUUUUCAGCCUGUUCAAAUGCUUCCGGGGGAAAAAUAAGAAAGGCCCUGGAGCUGCUGCAGGAGAGCAACUUGAAGAGCCAGAGCAGAUCCAGACACUGCAGGAGGAUGCAGCCGUGGAGCGCACACAAGAGCAGCAAUCCAGCCAUGACCGCUUCCGCAGAACAGCGCAGAUGUUCCGAAAAUUCCCGCGCAUUCGGCGUAGAGAGACCAACACCACAGCAGCUGAGGGCCCAGCUGAGCCUGACUCGGGGCUGACCCAGCUCCAGGCAGAGCCUGAUGUCAGCCCAGACUUGGCUGGGCUCUCACAAGACUUGGACACCUCAGGGACUGAAACGUGGGCACAGGAUCUUCCCACAUCAGGGACUGAGGAUGCAGUCAUAACAAACACUGACAAUGAAGAGACUGAGGCCUUGAAAAAUACUGGAGCCAUGCCCACUCCCCCUGAGAUUUGUGCUUCCACUGUGGAUUUUUUCCUGGAGAGUGCUGUUCCUUAUCAGCAGCAGGUGCCAGCCAUGGUGAAGAACAUCCACCAGAGUCUCAUGUCCCACGUCACUGUGGAUGCCAGGCUGCACAGCGACAUUGUGAGGCUGGCUGAGGAACACCCUGCAGACGUGGCGCUGACCCUCCUGCACUGUGCCCCAACGUGUGACAGAGCUGCUGCAAUGAUGUGGAGAGCCAUAGGCACAUCAGGACCAACAAUGGAGAAGGUGCUGGCAACACUGCUCUGUGUGAUGGAGGAUUGGCCUGUGCACAGCACAUGCACCUCCGAUGGGGACAACAAGGACGUUUUUGCCCUGGCUGCAACUCUGGUGAUCUGGGUCAUUGUGCCUAAAUGCCAGGAGGCCAUGAUCCUUCAUUCCUCCCGCCUGUUUGUGGCUCUGCUCUUCCAUGUUGUCAUCACCACCCAGCAGAUGCCACCAGAGGAAGUUGAAAACUUCUGGAGAGCGUGCCAGGAGGAACACCACCUUCCCAGCAAGCCCAACAGGUUUGCAGUGCAGGCCAUGAAGGCUCUGCUCUGCCGACUGGAGUGUGACCAGGAGGUGAUGGAUAUGGAGCGUAAGUGUGGCUGGGACACGCUGCUGUGUGCUCACACCCAGCACUAUGCCGUGGGUCUGCUGGCCAGAGAGAUGCGCCGUGGCUCCCUCUCCUUGUGUUCUGGGAUUGCUCUCCGUCUGCUUGGGCUGCUCAGCAGGGAGGAGCCACGCUGGGAUCUGCCUGGCCUAGCGUUCCUUGUGGAGGUCCUCGAGUGCCUGGACUUGAGGGAAUGUGCUGACAGCAUCCUGGAGAUCAUGUCAAGGCACCUGAGGAAUGAGUGCAGGGAGAGGCGUCGCCUGGCACUCAGAGGCCUCGUGGUGCUCAGCAAGGAUCCCUCGAUGGCCAGGAGAAUGGGCACUCUGUCUCCAAGCCUUCUGGAGCUGCUGGGUGAUGCAGACGAAGAGCUGGUCGGCAUGACGGUCUCUGUGUUCACUAAUUUGCUCAAGAGCAGAGACAUGCUGGUAUCCAGCACCACUGCCCCGAAGCUGGCUGAGGCUCUCCUGCUGCUCUUCGACCACGACAACAGCCACGUGCAGUUGCUCUCCCUUGACCUCUUCUUCAAGGUGAUGGAUUUGGUAGCAGAGGAGGGAAAAAAGCCCCUGAAGUCAGUGGUGUGCCAGAGCCUUCCUGCACUCUUCUUCCACUGCCAUGAUGAGAAUCAGCGUGUGGCAGAGGCCUCUCAGGAAACGCUGCAUUGUGCGGCCGGGUUCCUGCAGAGGAGGGAUCUCAAAGAGCUGGUGGAGGCAGAGAAGCUGUUGGCCUUUGCCGAGGUCUUGCUGGCAGAGGACACGAGCCGAGCGGCCGAGCAGCUGCGCCGGGCCCUGCGCUACCUGGAGAGCCCACAGGAGUCCCUGCGAGAGGCGGCCAUCAGGUUCAUGGGGAUGGCCGGGCGGCACCUGAGGGGGCAGCCAAGAGAGCUCCUGAUGAUCUGCAGUGCCCUUGAACACCUGACCGAGGAUAUGAGCAGUGCCGUGUCAGAGGUGGCACUUCAAACACUGCAUGUCCUCCGGGCAAUUCAGCGUGGGCACUAUUCCAUCUUCCAGAGGCUGCAAGAUCAGCUGCGCAGGGCAUGGAAGAGUCGGCCUCGUCUGUCAGGGCUCGGCUGGCUGCAUUGCCAGAGCUCUGAGGAGAACUGAUGGGCAAGGCACAC